ACAGAAGGUGCUUGGCUGAUGACCCUGAAAGACACAGCAGAGAAGAUGGCUUGAGACUGAUUGGAAAACUACCAAAUCCACAGAAAACGAAACGUUUCCGAGGAACUGUUUUUAUCUGUAGUUUUAGUUAAGGCUUGAGGGGAUGGCCUCUUUCCCAGAAUUCCAGAAUGACUCGUCUAUCCACGAUGACCCUGGUGCAAGGGUGCCCCUGCCCUGGGCAGGAUUCAUCACUCUGUCUCUCCUCAUGGCCGUGUUCUCCAUCACAGCUGUCGUGUUGAAUGCUACAGUGAUAGUCGUUACCCUUCGGCACAAACAGCUGCGGCAGCCGCUGAAUUUUGCCCUGGUCAACCUUGCCGUUGCCGACUUGGGCAUCACGUUAACAGGAAGUGUGCCAUCUGUGGUGACCAAUGCAGUGGGCUACUACAUUACAGGACGGAUCGGAUGUGUACUGGAGGGAUUUUGUGUUGCAUUAUUUGGUAUAACAGCGCUGUGCACAGUGGCUCUGAUUGCUGUGGAACGGCUGUUCGUAGUGUGCAAGCCUCUGGGUACCAUCACAUUCCAGACCAAGCACGCCGCAGGAGGAUUGGCGUUCUCCUGGCUCUGGUCUCUGAUCUGGAAUACGCCGCCUCUCUUUGGCUGGGGGAGCUACCAGCUGGAGGGAGUCGGCACAUCCUGCGGACCCGACUGGCAGAGUCGAGAUCUCAGAAAUGUGUCUUACAUCAUCUGUUACUUCUCACUCUGUUUUGCUGUGCCAUUCGUCAUCAUUGUGGUGUCAUAUUCAUGGCUGCUCUACACGCUGAGACAAGUAGCGAAGGUUGGUGGCUGUGCAGCUGCGAGGGCAGAGUCUAAGGUGGCGUGGAUGGUGGUGAUGAUGGUGUUGGCGUUCCUCGUGAGCUGGCUGCCGUAUGCUGCUCUGGCUCUAAUGGUCGUCUUCAACCCUGAUGUCCAGUUACCUGUGCUGGUGAAGGUGGUACCCAUAUACAUGGCCAAGAGCAGCACUGUUUACAACCCCCUGAUCUACAUAUACAUGAACAAACAGUUCCAGAAGUUUGCAGUACUACUUCUGAUGUGUGGAAGGGACCCUUGGCCUUCAGAGGACGAUGCAUCUGAAGUUCAGACUGUUGUGUCACCAAUGAACAACAAAAUCAGCCCAGACUGACUUAAUAUUUCACUACGGUCAUGUUAGAGCAUCAUAAAUGUGAUUUUCUGCUAAAAGUGAGAUGGUCUGAUGGAUAUGCUGAUGCUAUUUCUUUCAUGUAUGUGUUUCCUAUUGAAGUUGAGAUGGAAGAUAUGUGGCUUGUCAUUUUUUUAAGCCAAUAGCCUUUCAUUCACAUCACAUCUGUGAUUCACUACUUGCUAAAGCAAUUCAGAAC